AUGCAUUAUUUUUUAUAUUUUCUUUUGUGCAUUGGUUACGUCUCUGCGUUGGGAAAAGGUGAUUGGGAGAAAUAUGGACCUUUUACUUUGGUUUUGAAAAUGGUCAAAUGUGAUCACAACAAAAGUUUGGACCUGGACGUCAGUGAAAUCAACGUCUUCUUUUACGACUUUGAAAAUAAUAUAGAACGAGAUUUUCCAAUCAACGAAGCUGCCCAAGGCAUUCUAUCCUUAUCAAAUCUGGACAAAGUUAAAAAACUGUUUGUUUUCGUCGGUGGCUACAAGUCAGCUAUUAACAAAGACACAGAACAGCGAGUACGAGAUACAUUCAAGAAUUUUCCCAACAGCUACUUAAUCAUUAUUGACCAUUCUCCUUACACAAACAACAAGAUAGGAAACAAAAAAGGCUAUGAACGUUCAGUCAAAUAUGUUUACUUUAUCGGAAAACAAUUGGCCCAAAUGUUAGUCGGACUUUAUCAAGGAGGUAUAUCUGCUGAAAAUAUACACUGCAUUGGCCACAGUUUGGGCAGUCAAAUAUUGGGCCAUACUGGAUCCAUUUUUAUAGAAGCGACUGAUCAAAAACUUUCGAGAAUAACAGCUUUAGACCCCGCAGGACCUUGUUUCUCUAACAGUUUGAUUGAAGAGCAAGUGAGGUCAGGGCUAGCUAAGCAUGUCGAAGUGUACCAUUGUAAUGCUGGUAGUUUAGGUACUUCGAGUGUUUUAGGAGAUGUAGACUUUUUCGUCAAUAAAGGCAUAUCACAGCCUAAUUGUGGUACACCUUUACUACCAGGCUUCUUUGAUUCUCCAAAAGCUGCUAGAUGUAAUCAUAAAACUUGUGUAAGAAUGUGGUUAGCGUCUGUUGGGAAUCCAGACUGGUACCCGGCCUUUAAAUGUGAGAAAUACAAGUAUUUCAAGAAUGACAAAUGCUCUAGAAACGAUAGAACGAUUGCCGGUUUCUGGAAUCCUGGUAACGCGUCUGGGGUUUAUUAUUUUUCGACGGUAGGUUACAAGUUUAAUUAA